AUGACCUCGACAGCUAUGCAAGCAACUCGCAUUGGAGCCAGAGCCUUGGUUCAACGCUCCAUGGUGUCUCCUUCUCUCGGACUCCUUUCGUCCACUCGAGCAUUGGCUCCCCAGAAAUUUCUCCCUCGGCACUUCACAUCCGGUACGGGAAAUGGAAUGUUUAGCAGCAAGACCAACUUUGCUCUGGGCAUGGCCGGUGGUUUAAUGUUGGCUGGUCUGCACAGUGCCACGGGUUCUGCAGAUGAUUUCUACGAGUAUCGUUUCAAGACAAACAAGAGUCCGGAUGAUUUGGCAUCCUUUUAUGGCGGGGAAGAAUUGAUGGAGUUAUUCUGCAUCUUUCCCUUUGUGGGUCAAAUCAUGAUGCGAAAUGGUGAAUUUGACGACGUGGGAAACUUCUACACGACUGGUGUUCCAGGCACAAUGAAGGUGUCCAUGGUCUUUUCCGAUGAAGUCAACGAAGAAACGGGAGAAACCGAAUGGUUCAAUAAGCGAGAACGAUUCCGCAACACAUUGUGGGGAUACAGCUGCUGGGAUAUGGUCUCCAAUUUUGGCUUUCGAACCUUGGAAGAUGGGCAAAUUGAAUGCUAUCAUUAUGGAGAGUACUUUCAUGGAAAUCUUCCUGUGGUUUCCCAAGUCAUGAAACUGGUCUUUCAAGUCCAUGCCCGAUGGGUAGCCUGGUCCACUGAACACCAUAUCAAUCGCUAUGCCUUUACAGCUGACACAGAUGAAGAGGAAGAAAUGGAAGAAGAAUCCAGAAAGAACAUGCCCCUGUUUUUGCUCAAAAAUUAUGCCUGGUCCGAUCUCAUGGCCAUGAUCUUUGGGGUCAAAGACGAAGAUGCCGAGCAAAAGAAGUCUCCUUCCUUUUUGGUUCGAAGGCCUUCCAUGGAUGAUGAAAAGUUGCCCAUUCAAAGCAAGGAAGUCAAGAUUCAAAUCAGUCAAGAUAUCGCAGCGGAUCGAGCCUCUGCAAGGCAAUUGUUGGCCCGAAGUUCGACACAAUCACCAGACGAUGUCAAGGUGGUGCUGGCACGGAGCUACACAAUAAGGAACAUCGAAUCCAACACGCAGGGAAAUGCCUAUGGAUACGCCACGGAAGCAGCUCGCGUGCGGCACAUGUCUCGCAGAGACUCGUACCGCCCCAUGAAGGUGGACAAACAACCUACAAUGUCUACUACCGUGAACAAGCCUGUGGAGGACAAACAACCUGCAAAGUCGACUACCGUGAAGAAGCCUGUGGAGGAGGGUGGCUUGAAACGUGAACCUUCUUCGGUUGGAGCCUAA